AUGACCUUUCCUAUGACCCCUAGAUAUGUCCCGAGGGCAACGGGAUUCCCCGCUGAGACCCCUCAACUCGAACUCCCUCUCCUCUCCAUGGUCCGCCCCUCUGCCUCCUUCGAGAACAAGCGCAUCGCCCUCGCCUUCGCUCACAUGGUGACCUCCCCGGCUCCCGCCUCCGGCCCUGCCCGUCAGGCCGUCUGCCGUACGGGUCGCUACAGCCUCUACGACGCGCUCAGCGCCUGCUGCCCGUCGUCGGUGAUCAACCAAGACCCGUACGUGGGCAAGUACGGGCUGCGGGCGAUCGAGUUCUGCAAGGUGGUAGAGAGCGACGGCUUCCUCAAGGUCCGGCACCAGGGCUUGUCCGAUGCGGGGGCAGAGGAGGUGCGGUACGUGUAUGCGGGGAGGCGGUGGAGGGACCCGAGGGACGAGGAGGACAUGCGGGCGCUGCGGGAGGCGUGGGAGGAGCUGGCAGGGAGCUCGACCAUCUUCGCGGGGCAGUGCGGGGCUGUCGCGGCCGCUUCCGAGCGUGACGAGGAGGCGGGGGGAGGGGGGGAAGCGACGGCGGCUGGACGAGGCGGGGAGCUCAACGUCAUCGCCUUUGUUUUCAUCAACGUCUGA